CUGCCCCUGCUGCACCGCUCCGGGCGGCGAGAGUUGAGGGGUAGAGGUAGCUUCAGCCCAGUGGCUUCACGUGCACGCAUGCACACAAAUACACACAGAUGCACAAGCACACACAUGAACACACACACACAAAGAGGAGCAUAUGCAACGAUGCACACACACAUGAAUUCCCAGUCACAGCCGCACACAGAUAUGUGCACACACACAGAUGCACGCACACAGAGACAUGUGCACACAAACAUACAGAUGUGCACAGACACAGGCAUGCACACACCACACAGACACAGGCAUGUGCACAUAGAGACAGACAGAGACAGAUAGAUAUGCACGCCCAGCCACACAUAGGAGGGGUAGCUACGGGGGACUAAGGUGAACUUGGGAGCGACUAUGACCCCCCAGCGCCACCGCCUGUCUGCAGAGGCACAGUGCAGCAAGGCACUCCCAGCCCAACCCCCCCAAAGCUGAUGUAAAGGGAAAAAGAAGGAAUCCAGCCACAUGAAAACCUAGACAUUCAGGCUACGAACAGACAUUCAAAAAGCCAGAGCCUGAAUUGAUUCAAUCUUUGCAGGUUAGUGUAACCUGCCUAGAUUGAACCAAUUUGCAAGGGAAUAACAGGAGAAACCAGUUAGCAAACACGAUUUUUGGUAAGCUUUCCUUAGUUCAAGUUUCUGGCUAGGGCAGUGAACCAACGAGUACCUCCACAUCUGAAGCAAUUAGGGCUCGAAGUAGAGAUGAUUUCUUUUAUUAGACCAACAAGAUUUUUCCAAAAGAAAAAUUCUUCAAUUGCAAACUUUCAGGCACAAAUACCCUUCAUCAGGCAUUGGAGAAAAUAUUCUCCAGGUAGAAAUGAAAGUUCAUAUUUCAUAGGAUUUCACAGAGGCAUCAAUAGAUAGAAAACUUCUCCGGGCAGGCAGUUCUCCCCACGUCUGAGGCAUUCCCUGGCUAGAGCUUUGCCCCGGGCACUCCUAUAAAUAGGAAUGAUAUUUCUCACUUGCUAUUGCUGACCCGGUAUGAUCAUUUCCUUUGCUCUCGCACAGCCUCGGUCACCCGUAUACACAGCAGGGCCAAGCUGAUGGUUAAAACUCACUGGCUUUUAAAAAAUGAGGAUAGACAGACAUUGGCUGAGGAGACAAUGUGUGCCUUUGAAUAAAAUCUGCAAAGAAUUGCCUAUCCUGGCACUUGUUGGAUUCAUUUGAACUCUGAGACCAGAGAAGCUCCAGGACCUGCUGCGAAGUGUGUCCUGGCCUCAGGAGAUCCUUCUGUCUGUCUGUCUGCCCACGUAUCUGUCUACGGGUCCUCCCGUGUAGUGCUAUAUCUCCAGAGAGUUGCUAUCAUUGCCUUCCUCCUACAGAGCUGUAAAUACCAGUGGGUACAGAAACUGCCCGGAGCUCUUCUUCUCUGCCAGAGGAGAGACUGAGGGCUCACAGGUACAAGGAGAGCUGCCCAUCAAAGUCCAGCACAGCCCAAGCUGCUGCUGAAUCCUCCAGGGUCUCACACAAAGGGCAGCUUUCUCCCUUUCCCUCUGUCCCCACCUGCGCAAUUUGCCUUCACCCUCUCUCAUGACAGAACAAAAUGGAAAGGGAAAAGGGAGGUCAGAGACCAUCAAAUGAAAGAGCUGCCAUGGCAUCAGCCUCAUCAUCAGGAACAGAAGAAGGGCAAGAGGCAGAUGCCCAUCCUCCCUGCCAGGAGUCUCCAACAGAGCAUGUGCCCAUUACUGGUAGGCUCAACUCCUGCAUCUCCCGAACCCGUGAGGACCGUUGCAGGCCUAGAAACGCAGACGUUCCCACCCACAAAGCCCAGAUCCGGAAAGGGAAUUUCCAUCUCAAGUUACAAGUGGCAAACAUAGUGGAAAAGAUUCACUUGUUGGGUCUGGAAGGAACAGAGAACGUGUGUGUGAGACGAGAGGAGGCGCUCACCUGGCAGGAUGGCAGAGAAAGCCCUGGUGUGACAUCCGACCCAUCCUGCGCUCCCCAACCUGGCCCUGCAGGUCCCAUGGAGGAGGCUGCCCGGGAGUGCAAGGAAGAAAUUCAGAGCCAUUUGGAGGAUCUCAAGAAACAAAGGGAAGAGCUUCUGGGAUUGAAACGGGCAGGAAGGAGAAGGAGUCUGGAGUAUCUGAAACAGACGGAUGCUGAGAGGAGGAAGAUUGCAUCUGAAUUUCAGAGACUGCAUCAGUUCCUGGAGGAACAAGAGCAACUCCUGCUGGCUCGACUGGGAGAUGUGGACAGGCAGAUUGCCAGGAGGCAUAAGGAGCAUGCCACCAAACUUGCUGGAGAGAUUUCACUUCUGAAUGUCCUGAUCACUGACAUGGAGAAGAAGUGCCAGCAGCCAGCAACUGAAUUCCUGCAGGAUGUGAGAAAUACCUGGAGCAGGUGUAACAAGCUGCAUUCACAGAAGCCGACAGAGACUUUUCUCGAACUGGAAAGGAAGCUCAGUGCUUUUUCUCAUCACGCUGUCGCCCUCAGGGAGACUUUGAGGAAAUGUCAAGACACCCUGACAUCGCAACUGGACAAAGAUUGGGAAAAAUCUCCAGGAACCGAUGGGAAAACAAACGUGACUCUGGAUCCAGACACCGCCAAUCCGUGGCUCCUUUUGUCUGCAGACCAGAAGUGCGUGAGCUGGGCGGCCGCGCAGCAGGAUCUGCCUGUCCGGCACCAGCGGUUUCACUCUUCUCGCUGUGUGCUGGGCUGUCAAGGCUUCACCUCGGGGAGACGCUCCUGGGAGGUGGAGCCAGGGCUUUCUGGGGCCUGGGCUGUGGGGGUCUCCAGAGCCUCUGUGGGCAGGAAGGGGUGGGUGAAUUUUUGCCCAGAGGAGGGGAUCUGGGCUGUGGGGCUCAGCGGGGAUCAGUACCGGGCUUUCACCUCCCCUGUGGCUCCCCUGUCUCUGAACCAUGUCCCCGAGAGGAUCCGCAUCUCAGUGGACUAUGAAAAGGGCCUGGUGGCAUUUUCCAGUGCUGAUCACACAGACCCAAUCUUCACUUUCCCAGAAGCUUAUUUCAGUGGGGAGAAAAUCUUCCCUUUCUUCUGGGUGGGGAGAGGAUCCCAGCUCAGGUUGUGUCCCUGAGGCCUGGGGUAAUAACCCUAAGGAAGUUUCUAAAAUGGGAUUUGCCUAAUUGUAUUUUGUUUGGGUGGAUUUUAAUUUGGUGGAUGUAGCGUUAGCUCCAUGCCGAGCACUUGUGAAAAUGUGAAGCUGGUCUUUAUUGCAGCAGAGGGCUCCCCUGUUCCCAUAUAGCAACUGGUCUAAACAGUGUAAAGGGUGUGUGAGCCCACGUGUCGCUGUAGUGAGGAAUAGGAGAGAAAAGCCGAUUGCCUGGCCUGAGGAAGGGUCUAAUCUCUCCCAAACCAGUGCAGUGAGGCUGAAGGACUGGAGCAAUGAGAAAAGGGAAAGGAAAGUGGUGGGCGGAGAGGAGGAAUGUCAGAAUGAUGCUAAAAAUCCCUUUUGUACUAGAUUCCUCCCACCAUCCAUCCACCCUCAGUGAUACAGUAACAGCAAGCAGGGACCAGCAGUGGUAGGGAGUCCCCACAGUCACAGGGACACUCACAGAAGAUUGGAAAGGGAGUUCAAGUUCGUCCUGGUGAGUACCACAGAAAACACGCCCUGUGCCCAUCACAUCAAAGACCUUGCCACGAGAAAACUAAUUUCAAAAGGAGCGCAGGAACCAGUUGUUUUCUAUGUGGGUAGACACCUUCUUAUUCUGUGUCUUAGCAUUGUUAGGUCUCCUCCUAAUGCUUUGUUGAUUAGCAUUAUUCGUAUAUAUGGCAGGUGGAGGUCCAGCCAAGUUAGGCCAGAUGUACCUUGUGGUUUAUGGCUGUCUAAAGGACAACUCUGCCCUAGGGAACUCAUGGUCUAGUAGAAAAGUUUGGGAUUACAUAUUUAUUGCUAUCCUUUGCUUUGCAGUUCCUGAACCUUUCCCUCUUUGCACCAUUGUACAUGAAUUGUCCUACGUGGUCUGUUACAAUAGCUUUUCCUGUUUAUCAGCAGCAGCUCAAACAUUUCCCUGGUUCUGCAAUAAAUAACGGCACCUCUUAUUCACUUUUGUGUUUCCAGAGUCUUUCCCAGAGAUGCUCCAGUAAAACACAGAUACAUUAGUCAGGUGUAGUUCACAGGCCAGACUUCCCUGAGGAGUCAUUUGCAGAGGAACAAAACAAGGGUGAAUGCAUUAUCCCUUGUGGUGACAAGGCUUAUUUCCUAUGGCUGACAUUUUUACUUGCAAGAUUCAGUUCACCUCCAGCUCCCUGAAUAAAAUAAGGCAGUGUUGCCCAAACUGCAGCUAUGGAACAGCAAGGCUAUGGUAAGAGGCCUGUGGGUUGGCGAACGCCUUUCCCAUUUUAUUCAAGCUUUCAUGAUA